AUGGACGUAUCUGAAGAAAUGGAAGAGGUCAGAGAAUUACUUUAUGAAAUGAUUAAGAAGAAUUUCCCCAUGGGAGUGUCUUCUUCUCACUUGGCUCAGAAAUACCAUGAAGAGUAUGUCAUUUUACUUCCUUUUCUUUUAUUUGGAGGUUUUAACCCAUUUCUCUUCUCUCGCUUUUAUUCAUUUUCUUAAAU